AUGGCUUCAAAGCAGAUAAAUCCCAUCCAACUUCUAAUGAUUCUGAUCCUCACCGCCCUGCAUCCAUCUGACUCAAACAGCUGCGGCAGACGCCCGCUCAUGUCAGAAUAUGGCAGCUCGCGGAUUGUUGGAGGAGUUGAUGCGCAGCCUGGUGCUUGGCCAUGGCUGGUCAGCAUCCAAGUGCCUUCCGGAGGCGGACAUCGCCACUCCUGCGGAGGCACUUUAAUCGAUGAGCAGUGGGUCCUAACAGCGGCUCACUGCUUCAAGACCAUGAAGAGGCUCGUUUCCAAAUGGCAAAUCAUACUUGGAGGAUUCCAACUGUCGGAUCCAUCGCGAAGUGACGUCCAGAUCAGAUCUAUUGACUCGUACGUUCAGCACGAGCAUUACAAUCCUCGGACUGAGCGGAACGACGUGGCGCUGAUCAAACUGAACCAGACCGUGAGAUUCACCGACUUCGUGCAGCCGGCCUGCCUGCCGAGCGCCACCAAGGACAUUCACGCCAUGGAUCAUUGCUACAUCAGCGGCUGGGGCGUCACCAAAGAUAAAACCAUCCAAACGGCAGAUAUCCUCCAAGAGGCCAAAGUCAACCAGAUUCCUCUGGAGAGGUGCAACGGCUCCGCGUGGUAUAACGGAGAAGUCCACGACUACAAUCUCUGUGCCGGCUACGAGGAGGGUGGUAUCGAUAGCUGCCAGGGAGACAGCGGAGGACCAUUUAUGUGCAUGGACCCGGACAGCUCCACGUAUAACGUCAUCGGAGUGACAAGCUGGGGUGAGGGCUGCGGAAAAUCCAAAAAGCCAGGAGUGUAUUCCAACACUCAAUACUACCGCGAGUGGAUCCUGAAGACAAUGGGAACCCCAUCUCCUGCGCUGAACGAAGCCACUGGGACCCCAAGCUUGAGUGGAAGCAAAGCUCCACUGCGGCCAAAACCAACACGGCCAGCAAGAACCAUGCGACCUGCACCUCAGAUACCAACCGUGGGACCCACACGCCGGACAGCAACCGUGCGACCCACACGCUGGAGACCAACUGUGCGACCCACACGCCGGAGACCAACUGUGCGACCCACACGCUGGAGAGCAACUGUGCGACCCACACGCCGGAGACCAACUGUGCGACCCGCACAGCAGACACAGCCUGCGCAACAGGCGGCAUGGACAAUGCCCGGGAAGCGUAAGCCGCGGACGCGGCCUGCGCAACAGGCGGCAUGGACAAUGCCCGGGAAGCGUAAGCCGCGGACGCGGCCUGCGCAACGGGCGACAUGGGCAAUGCCCGGGAAGCGUAAGCCGCGGACGCGGCCUGCGCAACGGGCGACAUGGACAAUGCCUGCGCAGAGAACACCUGGCACGCAGAAUGCGCAACGGAAACCGCGGACGCGGCCGGCGCAGCGUGCGAUUCCAAUGCAUCGUGAGAACCGUGCGCCUGAGACAGAGCCCGCACGUCCUGCAAAGACGGCCGCGCCACCAAACACCAUUGAAAAACUGAAACAGAUGUACACAACCAUGACAUCUAACGGGCGGCGGACCAAAAAAGCUUUGCAGAAGAUUCUCAUGGCUGCUACAGAACAAUCAGCUCGAUAA